AUGGCCGCGCCAUCCCAAAAACAAAAAUUGUCCCUCCAAUCCAACACGCCUCCGGCGGCGAGUGCUAGACUCGAGAAAAUUCACCCGGGAGUGCGCCGAUCUACCCCAGAUUCAGAGGCUCUUGCUUCGUCGGAUGAUGAUGGAGACCAUGCGUCUGUGACACAGAAUAUGAUCUCGUCCCCGAUCAAGCCUCGACGUCGAACAUCAUGGCUCAACGAGGUUCCACUCUCGGUACAAAGGAAGCACUCUCUUCCUGGUGGCCCCCUCUCCUCUGCUCCCUCUAACCCCACAAGCCCCGCGACUGAUCAAGCGCCCUGGGCGACAAACCCAAGCCCGGGCAUCGGUGGUUCGUUCAACUGGAAUCAGUCCGGGGGCAGUACAUUCCCCUGGGGAACGGGUAUAUGGAACAGUGAAUCCCGCAAGGAACCACCGUCACGGCUGGCAGAGAUGGUCCCUUCUCCGACCAUGACCAACCCCGCACCUCCUCCUAUGAGCGAUGACAUGCUCAGCCCAAUCACUCGUACCAUCUCUGGUGAAUCAGCCAUCCCAUUUUCUAUUCCACUGCACCCAACUCUGAAGACGUACCGUUCCCAGUCAUACUCUGUUGGACAGAUGGACCCUGAGCAUCUGGGGAUGAUGGCCAAGGUUGGAGCUGGAGCUGGCAGCCAAUACCCGAGCAGUCGUGCUCGAGGUCCCGGACAGACCUCAGCUAGCCAGCAACGUGGACAGCGGCCCAGCGUCCUGGGUGAGUUAGGACAUGACUCCGCCAUGCUCGGUCGUGUUCGCGAAGACGAUGACGGUGGUGAAACCGUGAACAGUGCGGAGGGAGACAGCUACUCAGCAAGCCAGGCCAGGCAAAUCGAACAACUCGCACGUGAAAACGCACUUCUCCGUCAAGCGGCAGCGGCAGGCCAACUAGACAGCCGGUACCGCGAGCGUGCACCCUCAUCUGCCUCGACUGGUGGUGUUCACCCACUUCAUCGUAUCCGAGGUGGUGUACCCGAGGAAGAUCUCGCGGGCGAGGACCUUGGGGAAUUACGUGACAUUUCCGGUUAUGGUCAAAUGCGCGGCAAUGGCAGGCGACGAUUCUCUGAGCAUUCCGCCAAUUUAGAACAGCAGUUCUCCUCGUUUGCCACUCCUCCUUUGGAGAACCGGGCACUAGAAAACGUGCGCAAGGCUCAUUGGCAGACCUCGCUUGGCUUUGGCGGUGUUCCUGAAGCUCCACAGAGUCGUCGCCACUCCUUUGCUGAUAUCUCUCUGCGCCAUGACUCGGUUGGCUCGGUUGACUUCCACAGUACUGUCACCCCCCGUGCUGGACUUGGAGAUCGGAAUGAUGGAUAUGGCAACGUCAACGACGGAUAUGGAAACGUCAAUGACUUCCCUAGUGCCUUACAGCAACAAUACUAUGCCCGUGAGCAGACCUUGCGUGGCGAUGGAUCCUCUGGGAUUCCUGCGGCACUUAAUCAAUACGCAAUGUCCGGUGCCUAUGGCCGUCAACCCCCAGCGUUGUCCCAUGCCCACCAGAACCAGCUUCUGUACAUCGUCACAUUUAAAUGCCAUCGUGCGGACGUGUUCUAUAUCCAAGAGGACACUGGCCUUCAAGUCAAGGCUGGUGAUCUUGUGAUUGUGGAGGCUGACCGAGGAACAGAUCUGGGCACAGUGCAGCAUGCGAAUGUAACCCUUCAGAGAGCACGGGAGCUGAAGCAGCAGUAUGCUGAGGAGCACUACAAGUGGCUCAUGAUGUUCUCCCGACAGGGCGUACUUGAGGGUGGUUCCAGUGUAGCCAACGGUGGCCCUAACCCUCGAGGUGCUGCCGAAGGAAUGGGCCCGCAUGCUCAUGGUGUUCAAGAGACAUCUACCGAGAUCAAGCCCAAGCUCAUCAAGCGCCUCGCUCAGAAUCAUGAGAUUUUGACGUUACGUGACAAAGAAGGAAAUGAGGCCAAGGCCAAGCGUGUCUGCCUGCAAAAGGUCGCUGAACAUCGACUGAACAUGGAGAUCUUGGACGCCGAGUUUCAGAUGGACUGGAAGAAACUCACCUUUUACUACUUCGCUGACUCCUAUAUCAACUUCAACUCACUGGUCACAGAUCUGUUCAAGAUCUACAAGACCAGGAUUUGGAUGUCCGCCAUCAACCCUGCUUCGUUCGUGACGCCACCGACUGCUGGCCUCACCGGGCCCAGUGGGAUGGCCAACCCACUAUACAGCCAAGAUGCGCCUCAUGGAGAGCGGCGCCACCAGCAGGAACGGCCUUACGGAGGCCGAGAUGACUCUGGGCGUGAAAUGGCGAACCCCGUUGGCAUGCUUCGUACUGCCUUCACAGACACUUACCAGCCAUUCUCCCAGUCAUCCCGGCAGGUAGAUGCAGGACAGCCUGAUCCUUUCGCCCCAUACUCUCCCACUAGCUACGGAGCCCUGGAGACUGGUUUCUCCGACUAUCCUUCCGGGGGUGCGCCCAGCACCCGCAUGCACCCAGCACAGGGUGAAUGGGCCAGCCGAUUCCAAGGCCUCUCGCUCAACUCCUAA